CAUUUCUGCACCACUCAUCAAAACUCUGCGGCAUGCAGACUAGAGCUUGGGGGGAGGGCACUUAUUAUUAGGUCUGUCCUGCUGCUCUCUCAUCAGACAGGCCACUGUACAGUUUUUUUACUUUCAUUUCUAACCAUCUGUUUUGCACUGGGCGUUCGGGUCCAUCACUUCUUUGUUUUAUAUAUAUAUAUAAAAAAUAUAUAUAUUCCUUAUUUUUCUUACCGGUGUCGGGGCAGUUGUUGCAAGCUUUCCUGUAUAGAACAAUUUCAGCGCAACUUCUAGAGGCGAGGAAAAAACACAAAUACAUUUAGGACAAGAUGGCAAAGGAUGGAGAAAAAAGCGAAUGGAAAGAGUUUCUGUGGAACCCGAGGACCAGGGAGUUUCUGGGCAGAACGGCGAGCAGCUGGGGUCUCAUCAUUCUGUUCUACAUAGUUUUCUACCUCUUCCUGGGGGGCCUGUUUGCUCUUACCAUGUACAUCAUGCUGCAGACCCUGGAUGACCACAAACCUACUUGGCAGGACCGCCUUUCCACACCAGGUUUAGUGAUUAGACCCCGUCAGGACGAAGCCUUUGAGAUAGUUUACACCAUCCAGAACACCGAGAGCUGGGAUAUGUACGCUCAGGCCCUGGACAAGUUCCUGUCACCUUACAACGACUCCAUCCAGGCCCAGAAGAACCAUGAGUGCACUGCGGACCAGUACUUCCUGCAGGAGGACAGCGGCGAUGUGAAGAACAACCCCAAGCGCUCCUGUCAGUUCAACCGAACCAUUCUGGAAGCAUGCUCUGGACUCCACGACCGUUACUAUGGAUACCAGGAGGGCAAGCCGUGCAUCAUCAUCAAGCUGAAUCGGGUGAUUGGAUUGAUGCCAGGAAAGGACGGACAGGCUCCGUCUGUCACCUGUGGCGCAAAGAGAGAUGACUCUGACAAAAUCGGAGAGAUGAUUUACUUCCCUUCAAAUGGCACUUUUGAUCUAAUGUACUACCCUUACUAUGGCAAGAAAGCUCAGGUGAACUACUCCCAGCCUUUGGUCGCUGUCAAGUUCCUUAACAUCACCGUCAAUCAAGACAUCAACAUCGAGUGCAAGAUCCACGCCAACAACAUUCCCACUGGAAGUGAAAGAGACAAGUUUGCUGGUAGAGUGUCUUUCAAGCUGAGGAUCAACUCCCAAAACUAGCCUGACCCCAAAUGAAAACUUUUCUCCCCCUGACCCCCCCGCCCCCCUGCACACUGCACAUACACAGAAAAAUAAACCCGCAGUAUUCACAUCCUUCACGUGGUUCGAUUACACCCUGCUCCAGUUUUCUUCUUUUUUUCUUCUUUUUUUUUUUAGGGGGAAAGGGGAUUGUGCGACAGGGUAAAUUGAGCACGAGAGGGUAGUAAAUGCUGUCCUUUUUUCUGUCGGUGAGCAUUCAGACAAAUGAUUUUCUGUAAAUUAGUUUGAGGUGACCUCUAUUUAUACUGCAUGAUAAACUAGGAGACAUAAAACAGGAUGUGUUUUCAAAAUCUGCGAGCAACCUUACCACGUUUACAGUGUUGCUGCUCACCUCCCGCUGCCUCCUUCGAGAGUACUCCUACUAUAUAUCUGAAUAUACACAGACUACAAUACAAAAGGUGUAUAUCUACAGUAUUUAUACGGCAUCAUAACCUUAUAUCGGUCCGUCUGUUCUGUUGCACUUAAAGAGUACUCCAACAAACCUGCAUUUUUCUCAAUAGAUGGAUGCAGAGAUGAAGCCAUUUGCAUGUGCGUGCUGUCUUAAGUGUGCUUUGAAGGCACACUGUUUCCCACCGCUCCAUUCUAGUCAGCUAAGGACAGGUUUAGUAACUGACCACCAGGAGGGACCACAAUAUAAGCUUUAAUCCUCAUGUACUCCGAGUGUGUGUGUGUGUGUGCGUGUGGUGUGUGUGUGUGUGUAUUUGGAAGCAUAUCUUUAAAAAUUUGAUGUUUUUUUUUUUAUCGUGUAUGAAUGUGUGCAUUUCAUUUACAGAUCCCAUUUCUAAUUGUAGGUCGGGAAGUUGCAUGCAAUGUGCAAUAUUCAUUAAGUGGCAUACAUUAUGAAUGCUCGCAUCCAUUCAUCAAACAGAUCCUGUUGCAGGCCAUUCACGCUGGAUAUUUAAACUUUGAACUCAGAGCUGCUGGUAACAAAACAAACAGGAACAACAUCUGGUGUGGUUUUAACACUGAGUUAAUUAUGAAAAGACAAAUCUCUGGAAAACACUUUUUUAAGGUAGUAAACUUGUCCAAUAGAUAAACAGAAUUAGCUCAUUAAAGUUUUUGGUUUUUUUUGUAGCCAACUCAUCAAGAUGAAUUUUGCUCGUUUCCAGCAUAUAUUCAGUUUUUAGCGGUACUUCAUUUCCUCUCACUGUACAGUUUCAUCCAAAGCUAUACAGUAUGUCUGAUGUAAUUUAUUUAUUCAAACCUAAAUAUUUAGUUUUUUGUCUUUUUUUGUUGUUGUUGUUGUUGUUGAGUGUUUUGCAUCUAUUUCCUUAAUACCAGGAAUAGAUGUCAUUGUCAGAGUUUUUUCUUUUUUUUAUUGUUUUGCACUGGAAGUGUGCUUUUUAUUCCUUCAUUUGUGAAGCUGAGUUGAUUUAAUAAAAGCACUUGCAGUUUUUGGAGGAGGAGGAGGAUAUA